AUGAUGUUGUUUAGUCCGGUUGAUGACGAGAACAACUCGCAGAUGGAUCCACGCUUAGGUGCCAUGGCCGCGAAUAUCGUGAGCCCGAGUUCCGCGAGCACAGCAAGGUCCAUGGCGAGUUUUUCGACGCCAUAUAGACCUUCUGGGUCUGGUGUUUCUCCUGAGGCCCUUCACAGUGCCAACGCGACACCGGAUAGCCAGCAGGGCGGUUCGAAUUCGCUGAACGUUGGCAAUACGGCUGCUGGAUCGGCUCAAGAUCAGAAGCGGACGAGGGCUUGCGAGUCCUGUCGGUCCUUAAAGGUCAGAUGUGAGCCGGAUCUCGCGAAUCCAGAAGGGAGUUGCCGUCGCUGUGCGAAGGCACGUCGAGAGUGUAUCUUCACUGUUCCGACGAGGAAGAGACAGAAACGAACGGACUCUAGAGUGGCAGAACUCGAACGAAAAAUCGACAAACUUACAGCGACACUAAACGCUAAAAGACGAGGAGAUAGUGAUCGUGAGCCCCUUAACGAGUUCCCGGGAGACAGCGACACCGAGUUAUCCGACCACGAAGAGGGCACUCGAUCCCGAAAACACUCCCAAAUCCGCACAGGAUCCAUUCCCCACGGCUUUCCAGCGGGAGAUUCUGAUCAAUACCGUGAGUCUGAACCUAAACGCCAGAGACUGAUGAGCAAGGAUGCAGCAGCAGCAGCAGGGGACAGCCGGCGGAGUAGUUCCGCCCACGAUCAUAUGGAGGACGUGACGACCGAGGCUACUUCUUCGUCAAUGUUCGGUGGUGCGAGGAUGGAACAUUUGACAUCUGCAUCGGCUCCCCCAAGGCCCCAAUUCGCGGUUCCGCGGCAGCAUCACGCUCGACAUAGAAUGCCAACUCCAGAAACUGAUCCAAGCUCCAUUACUUCUCCAGCUCAGGGAUCUGGUGAUAUGGAUGUUGUCGAUAGGAAGCUUAUUACUAUGGAACUGGCGAGUAGGAUGUUCAAUCACUAUAACGACAACCUCGCACCCCAUUUCCCUGCCGUCACUUUCCCAACCGGAACUACCGCUCAGGAUAUCCGGAAACAGAAACCUUUCCUCUUCCUAGCCAUCCUCGCAGCGUCCUCGGCGAUAUUUGACCCGGAUCUGAAUCGACUGCUCAACAAGGAAGUAAUACGUGGCAUAGCAGAUCGAGUAAUCAUAAAUGGCGAGAAAAGUUUGGAGAUCAUCCAAGUCCUCAACAUCGCGACCCUCUGGUAUUACCCACCGGAUCAAUUCGAAGAACUCAAAUUCUACCAACUUACGCACAUAGCGGCUGUCAUGGCAAUCGAUUGCGGAAUAAACAAGCCACAUAGGGGCGGGAGGCCGAGGAUACCUUGGUUAAGUGGAGUCGGUUCUGGUAUCUCAAAUGAUUGUAAUGGUUUAAACAGACUCCAACAAUUAAUGAGCUCGGGUCCGGGAGAAAAGGGAAUUCCUAAGGAGCUCCAGAGCUGGAAGAAAACGUGGUUACCGGACCCUGGAACUCUGGAGUCCAGACGGACAUAUUUGACAUGCUAUUGGAUGUGUUCGAACGUUGCGAUGUCUUUACGACGGCCUAACCUUCUACGAUACUCAGCGUAUAUGGGGGAGUGUGUAGAAUUUAUUGAAAAAUCGCCUGAAGCGACACUACACGAUAGGAUUAUAUGCCAAUGGGUCAAACUUCAAAGAAUAACUGAAGAAGUCGGAAUCGCCUUUGGCUACGAGGACUCGGUUGCCAAAGUUAACCUUGCGGAGACUCGAAUACAAUUUGCCCUGAAAGGGUUUGAACGACAGCUAGAAGAGUGGGAAAAGAACCUGCCUCCGGAUUGUGAAACCAAGACCGUACGGUUGGCCAGCUACACCUUAUCUCUAUUCAUGCAUGAGGUUGCACUACACGGUGAUCAUUCGACAGAAGACUUUAGACCGCCCUUUUUAACAGAAAGGCUGAUCCGCCAGCCGGAUAGUGUCAAACCUGGCUCUAUGCCACAAUUAACCCAGACCCACAUUCACGCCCUCUUUAGCUGCCUCUCCUCCGCUCAUGGCCUUCUGGACGGAUUUCUAAAUAUCACAGUUGAUGAACUCCGUUGCGUCCCUGUUUUAUUUUUUGCUCGGGUAGCCUAUUCCAUCGUUCUCCUUAUCAAAAUAUACUUCUCCGCAUCCGCUGCAAACUCCGAACUAGGCAAAGUAAUCGACAAACCACAGCUCAAGCUUGAUUAUUACUUUGAAAAGCUAUUAGCUUUGCUAAAGGCAGCCUCUGCUGACGACAGGAGCAAACCCGCCACCAAGUUCUUUAUGAUUCUUACGAUGUUAAGCCACUGGUACCAAUACCAACAGCGUGUAGGAAGCAAAGGUGCCCGGCGGCAAUCAGUAGUGGUCCCACCGAGCCCGGGUCCAAAGGCCGAUACAUCCCGAAAACAAGAAGGAAACUCUUUCUCAUCGACACCUGUUACACCGUCGCUAGCAUACCGUUCGCUCAACGAAAUACCGGCUUCAAUGCAUAUACCUACGCCGCAUAGUACCGGCGGCGGCGCGGAAACUCCACAGCCGCCUAGCGAUACUCUAGCAGAUGCGCCCACGCCUCUUCACAUGCUCAGCGACGUGGCAACUACGACCGACGAAUCGGCGCAGCAAAAUCCGAACAUGAUGAACAUCGAUGGUAGCAACUUUGGGAAUUUAGGGUUUGAAGGGAUGAACCAUCUAUACAACACCCCACUGGAGGAGAACUGGCUAGGCAAUGGGUUGGAUAUGAGCGCUUUUGGGAUGGGUGAACUUGGUUUUGGAAUCUCGAUAGGGAUCGAGGGCAUAGGGGUCAAUGGCUUCCCCGGAUUCCCAGAUUUCCUAGGCGGUGGAUCGAGCUCCGAGAACUUCUUUUCAGAUGGAUCGGGAGGUGGUUCAGGGGGCGGAUUCUUCGAUCCUUGGCCUCCCAGCUAG